CAACUGUGUCAGAAUCCCUUGUGGCUAAUAUUUCAUGUAUACCAUCACAACCAGCGUGGAGAUCGCAGCCCCUCCCGGGGUGGUACGAGACAAGUUCCUGGAUUUCGCAGCUUUGCCCACUUACUCUCCAUCUGGCUUUAUUCGACACAUCUCUUCUGUCACUGACAAGCCCCCCACGCAGCUCCAAGCCGGAGACCGAUUGAACUGUACAGUCAACUACGGCAAGACGCAUUUCACGCCCAUCGUCCAAGCCAAUACCCCGGCCCUCUUCAGCUGGGUGGGCUCAAUUCCGGGAAUUUUCACCGGCGAACACCGCUUCAACUUUGAAUAUAUUGACGCAGAUCAGCCUGGCAAACCGUACCGGACGCGCCUCGUCCACGAAGAGCGAUUCACUGGACUGCUCAGUUUUCUCAUGGGUCAAGGAAUGCUAGCCAACGCAGCGGGGUGGAGAGAGAACACCCGCCAGGGGUUCGACACGUUCAACCGAGAUUUCAAAGCUUGGGUGGAGGCCUCCAGGAGAUGAUUCAUAGACACAAUCUGUGGCCGAACAGGGGAGGAGCGUCAUGUUGUGCCUUGUAGGGGCGACCAGAAUCAUGCCCUACUCAAGAUUAAGUUAUUAACGUAAUCAACGGUUGGGCGGCCCAUCUCGUUAUCCCAUAUAAACGAUGUCUUUUUGAUUCCAUUAUAUCUCGAUUAAUACUAUAUCUG